UCAAUCGCCAUGGAUCAGCCAACCCAGAACCUAAAGAAGCUGAUGAUGUUCCGCACUCCCAACGAUGAGGAGGCGCUGAAGAACCAGAUCUUCAUCUUCAACUCGCCAAUCGACUACAAGGACCAGCAGCUGAUUGUGUACCAGAAACCAGGCAUCCUCACUGGAGACAAGGACUUCGGCUACUGUGUGGUCUACAAGCGGGAUCACUAUGUGCUGAACAAUCCGCCCAACUUCAAGAGUCCCACAAAGAGGAGCUUCCUCAACGAGUGCAUCCGCCAGCUGUAUCUGAUCAACGGCAUGGGUCACAAGAUGUACUGGCGCACCACCAGUGCCAUGGCAUUGAGCACACCCGGCGAGGUCUGGCACCAGGUGAACAGUUGCCUCCUCCCCGAGAGAUUGUCGGCCCAGAAGGAGAGCCUCAAGCGGGUGAAGAGGCAGCUGUUCCGGGAGCCACGAGCAGACCGCAAGAAUCCGAAACCGCUGAAGGGCAAAGUCUGGGGCACCCAGGUCUUCUGCUUCAAGGCGAUGCGGGAGAAGAUCGGCAGGAAGUACAUCCGGCGUGGUUACCUCACCAUUGCCCGUCGCGAGGCUCUCCAGGAGAUGAUCCGCGAGCACUUGGCCCGCGAAAUGGUCUGCUCUCCGGCCGUGUGCCACACCGUGAUUAGUGCCGCCGAUGGCAUCUUCAAUGUGAAUGCCGGCGUCAUCGGAGACAUAUGCAGCUACCACAGCCACGUGGCUCGCCAUCAGCCCGCCGUGGAGUGCCGUCUCACGGCCGGAGAAGCCCGACUCCGGAACAACGAGGCCUGUCGACUGACACAGCGGGCCAAGCGACUGGAGGCCAUGUUCAUACACGAACAGGUGCGACGGGCCGUCCAGAACCACCAGCUCAUCCUCGAGGAGUCCGUGCGGUCCAUCUACUACGCCAAGGAGCUAUUCCGCCUGAUCGAGGAUCACGAGGAGUUCGUCUACACGGACAACAAGAUCCUGGGCAAGAUUUGAGGGCCCCAUUCCGACCGGCAUAGCCAAUCAUUUUUGUUUACUGCUUCCAUAAAAUGUAUUUUUAAUUAUAAGUAAAUUGUAAUAAUAAAAUUAAAAACAAACGAAAUAUUUGAUUUUUUAACGAUAUAAAAAGGUGAUUAAA